AGGUGAUGGGAUCUAUGCUGUUAAACUCUCAAUCUGCAAAUCCCGCCAUGGCCCCAACGCUCGGGUCUUCGCUCGAAGCCCAAGGUCUCGCAGACGAGCAGAGGGGCCUGCUGGAUCUCAUCGAUAAGCUCCAAUUCGCUCAGCUGGACAAUGUUAAGCUGCCCCAGAUUGUCGUCGUCGGCGACCAAUCCGCCGGCAAGAGCUCUGUUCUCGAAGCCCUCAGUGGCACCCCUUUUCCUCGAGAUGCCGGAGCCUGCACUCGCUUUGCGACAGAGAUUCGUCUGCGAAGAGCAAAAGAAACAAAUCUCAAAGUAUCCAUUAUUCCAGACAAAAAUCGCCCUUAUAAUGAGCAGGCUCGCUUGCUACAAUAUGGAGGCGACGUUGGCAUCGACACGCCCUUUGACGCCAUGAUGAGAGAAGCCACAGAACUCAUUGCGCCGCGCAGUAUACCAGGCCGCUUCGCCGCCCGCGAUAUCCUCGUGGUCGAAAAGACGGGGCCAGAAAUGCCCAUGCUAAGUCUUGUUGACCUGCCCGGCCUCGUCCGCGUGGCCAACCGAGACCAGUCCGAGGCGGACAUCCAGACCAUCGAGGCACUCUCCGAUCGAUAUAUGAAGAGCAGCCGGACCAUCAUUUUGGCUGUUAUCGGCGGAAACAAUGACUAUGUGCAGGCGCCAAUCUUGAAGAAAGCUCGCUACUUCGACCCUUCUGGCUCGCGCACUAUUGGCGUCUUGACAAAGCCGGACAUGACCGAAGGCAUUGGCCUCGAGGACAAGUUCAUCGAGCUCGUGACGAACAAAGAUCGAGAAAACAACUUCAAGCUCGGCUGGUACAUUCUGCUCAAUCCAGGACCGGGAGAGUACUGGUCGUCUGCGGAAGAACGAUCGCGGCGCGAGGCGGAUUUCUUCACAAAAGGCAAAUGGGCCGCUCUGCCGCCUCACAUGUGGGGGAUCGAAGCAUUGCGACAGAAGCUCAGUUCCCAGCUCCAGCGACACGUGGGAAAGCAUGUCAAGUCACUCCGACGACAGAUUCAACAGGCCCUUGAGCAAUGUGAAACCGAGCUCAAGGCCAUGGGCUCUGGAAAAGACACCAUUGAGGAGAUGCGCUUCGAAAUGGGCGAGCUCUUCUCCGCAUCAGGCAAUCUCGUCACGCCUGCAGUCAACGGUAAUUACAAGAACCCAGUCGGAGAGUCCUUUUUCGCGAGAAGAUCCAGCCCCAAGGGAACACCUCCACAGAAACUGCGGGCGCGUGUCCGUGAAGAGAGUGAAAGGUUCUCCCGCCUAUUCCGCCAACAUGGUAGCAAAGUCAACUUUUCCUCUUCUGGUUCUGGCAUGAACCUACCAGCAGCAGGAGUUGUCGAUGACCAGUCCAAAAAAGAGUUUGCGCAGAGGGAAGUCGAGCCGCUGCUCCGACAGAUUCGCGGUAAUGAACUGCCCCUUGAUUCCAACCCCAGGGCUCCGUAUAUACUGUUUCAGGAUUUUUCUCGAAACUGGCCCAUUCUCGCUCAGGAAUAUAAGGAAAACGUCGGAGUCAUUUGCAACGAGUUUCUUGCUGAUGUGAUUGAUCAUGUCUGGCCCUUGAGGAUGAGAGAUCCCCUGCGAUUCCAUUUCCUGGAGACAAAGAUGAAGGAAAUGAUGGACGAGGCAGAGAAGGAGCUCAAAAGAUUGACUGACGAUCUUGAGUUGGAAAUCCAGCCAUAUGAUCCUGAAUACGAACAACGUCUCAUCAGAUGGCGCUCGGAAGCUACUCAGAAUGGCGGCACCUACACCGAGGCCGAGGAAGUGCUCGAGAAGAUGCUCAUAUACUACGACCUCACGGCGCGGAUAUUCACUCGCAACACCAUUACUCAAGUUGUCGAGAGGCACUUGCUUUUGCGAAUGCUCGGGCUCUUCAACCCCAUUGAGAUUUUACGCAUGCAGAAUGCUACCGUCGAGGCUAUUGCGGCGGAGAAUAAGGAGACGCGAGACCGCCGGACGGCAUUGAAGGCAAGGAAGGCAGCCAUUGAAGAGGCACGAAGCAUAUGUGCCAGCCUGGCGAUGAGAAGCGAGCUACGGGCAUAUGAAGAUGAGAUGGAAGACGAAGUUGCGACGGACGACGAAGGCCAUUCCAGGAAUGACUACAGCUCCAAGCGCUUUUCAGUAUCGUCAACACAUGAAGCCGUCCAGCAGCCUCUCACAUCACAAAACCCGCCAGUGCGUCGCAAGAGACGAGAAGAGCGGCCCCGGCCAUUAAUCAAUGUCGACACCACGCAGCAAAGGCCACUGGUUCCUCAACAAAGCCAAGAGGAUUCCCAGACCAGCGGAAUAACGGCUGCCCAGGAGUGGGAUGAAUCGUAUUACACCACAGCCCAAUCGGCACCGCAUCAUGCGCCCCCACCGCCUCCUCCACGGCCCCAAAAGAUAGGAUUCGAGGACGGCGAGAGAUAUGACGCUACUCCAAGAGUUGAUCGGAACAAGGAGAGCGCGAGACAGAAGUUGGCUUCGGUGAUGAGAUUGGGAGCGCAGAAUUCGCAGGGAUGAGAGGAUUGAUUGCUUUAUCGCGGUAUAAAUUUGACUCAAUUUGAAUUGUAUAUUUUGCAAAGGCAACUGGGUGGAUAUAAACUGGUAAAUAGCUUUUUGGAAUGUAAGAUUUAGAAGGAAUAACAUCCUGCUCUCAAAGAAUACAAAGACCUUAUGACUGCC